GCCAUUCACCCGCAAGCUCCCGGAGUUUAAGUUCUGGUGGAGCGGCACGAGGGCGACAGGGGUGGCACUGGCCAUGACCUUCCUCUCCAUGUUCGACUUGCCAGUGUAUUGGCCAAUCCUUUUAGCCUACUUCAUAUUGCUUCUAGUACUGACCAUGAAAGACCGCGUCAAGCACAUGAUCAAACAUAA